AUCUCAUCUCGGCAGGCAGAGGGUUUUGAAAGCGCUGAGCUUGAGCGCCACCGUUGUGAAUAACCUCUAAGUAAUCGCUUGCUUGUAGCCAUGUCGAGAAGGAAGACCAGGGAGCCCAAGGAGGAAAAUGUCACUCUCGGACCUGCUCUCCGGGAUGGAGAGCAUGCUUUUGGUGUUGCUCAUAUUUUUGCCUCAUUUAAUGAUACAUUCAUUCAUGUAACUGACCUGUCUGGAAGGGAGACACUUGUUCGCAUCACUGGUGGUAUGAAGGUGAAAGCUGAUAGAGAUGAAUCAUCGCCAUAUGCAGCCAUGCUUGCGGCUCAGGAUGUUUCUCAACGGUGCAAGGAGCUUGGCAUUACUGCUUUACAUAUAAAGCUCCGGGCUACUGGAGGGAACAAGACUAAGACUCCUGGUCCUGGUGCCCAAUCCGCACUCAGAGCCCUGGCUCGUUCUGGCAUGAGAAUUGGUCGUAUUGAGGAUGUGACUCCAAUUCCCACUGAUAGCACUCGUAGAAAGGGUGGCAGAAGGGGAAGAAGGUUGUGAUUGCUUUCAAUUGUGUGGUUUUUGCUGGCGAUGUGGUUUCUGGGAUAUUUCUGUUUUGGAUAAAAAAAAAUUAUUAUCAGCCUUGCUAUCGGCUCGGAUGUAGUUUCAAACCUAGUUAGAUUAUUGUGCCGGAAAAGAGAACUAGAAUUUGAUUUGGUUGACAAUUAUCAUUUGAGCUUUACACAUCAAAUGCUGUUAUUCACUUGUUUCUUCAAGGUUUUUAAUCGGAUGCUGGAUUCUAUGUUUUGUUCCUUAUUGAGCUGAAA